AUGGCACAAUUUUCACCACCCUCUGUACAGGAACAGAUAUCUGAAGUGUUUGGAAAAAUAACAGCUGAUCAACAUUACACCAAGUAUACAGGUAUACUUAAUGGACUUUACAAUGUGGCCUGUCUGAGUGAUGAAGAAAUCUGGACAAGUGGAAAUGACAGCACCAUGAAACUCUUCAGCAUCAAUCAGGGAUCACGACUCAAAUCAAUCACAACCAAGUCAGGGUACAGACCGCGUGAUAUAGCAGUGACAAAAAGUGGAGAUCUAGUUUAUUCUGAUUACAAUGAUAGAACUGUAAAUAUUGUGAAUAAUGAGAAGAUAGAGGAGGUGAUCAGACUACAGAACUGGAAACCUUGUAGUGUCUCUAAGAAUAGAAACCUGGAUAUCUGUGUCGCUGAUAAUGGAUUAAUUGGAGCAAUAGUUGUGGUCAAUCAGGCCGGGAAACUGAGAUUCAAGUACACUGGACAUACUCCUGCUCCAAAGAACAAACCAUUCAAUCCACGAGGAAUCACCACAGUCAGAGUCACAUCCUUACAGCUGAUAAUUACAAUGACUGUGUCCACAUCAUAG